GUCCAAAAAAAAAAAACCAACUAAUUUGAAUGUGUCGGCGCUUGCUUAAUUUGUUGAAUUAGCAUCUUUCCCCUCAGAUCUAAGCUUGCAUCUGUCUUUCAUAUUUAGGAUUGCUGUUAUUCAUCCACCCACAUUUCCCGCAUAAUUACACCCUCCAUUGUGAUACAAACUCAAACACAACCACAUUUCCAUCCAAACUUUGCAAAACCCAUCAAUAUUACAUGGCAUUCUGCAUAACAGCAUCAUCCCAAUAAAUCCUAAAUCUUCUUAACCCAGAUCCGAUUUCAUCACAAAUUUUUUUCUUUACCCCAAUUUUGAAAACCCAAGGAAAGAUUCAAAAAUGGGGGAAGAGAAAAAUUCAAAAGGAGGGUGUUUAGGUUGGUUUUUGGUGAUUAUAGUGUUGGCAGCCAUUGUUGCUGGUUUAGUGAUUGCUUUUAGAUCAAAGUUCCACCAUUCUGAUAAACCUGAACCUGUUCCUGGCCCACCUGGUGCCAUUGUCACCAAGUAUUCUGAUGCCCUUAAGUUAGCUAUGCAGUUUUUCGACGUCCAAAAAUCUGGUAAGCUGGAAGAUAAUAAAAUACCAUGGAGGGGUGAUUCUGCUCUAGAUGAUGGAAGUGAGGCAAAGCUGGACCUCUCGAAAGGGUUGUAUGAUGCUGGUGAUCACAUGAAGUUUGGGUUCCCAAUGGCUUUUACUGCUACUGUCUUGUCUUGGGCUAUCCUUGAGUAUGGAGAUCAAAUGGCUGUUGUGAAUCAGCUUGAACCUGCUCAACAUAAUCUCAAGUGGAUUACUGACUUUCUUAUCAACGCUCAUCCUCGGGAUAAUGUCCUUUACAUACAGGUUGGUGAUCCUGAUCUGGAUCAUAAAUGCUGGGACAGGCCUGAAGCAAUGACUGAGAAAAGGCCUCUUGUGCAAGUGAAUACUUCCAUACCAGGAACAGAAGUCGCAGCCGAAACAGCAGCGGCUAUGGCAGCAGCAUCCCUUGUGUUUAAGUCGAGUGAUGCUACUUACUCAAGCACUCUUUUGAAGCAUGCUAAACAACUUUUUGACUUUGCUGACAAAUAUAGAGAAUCUUACAGUAAAAACAUUCCCAAAGUUGCAACAUACUAUAAUUCAACAGGCUAUGAAGAUGAGCUCUUGUGGGCUGCAAGCUGGCUGUAUCAUGCAACCAAAGAUAAUGCUUAUCUAAACUACGUCAAUGAUAAUGGAAAAGAGUUUGCCAAUUUCGGAAGUCCAACUUGGUUUAGCUGGGAUAAUAAGCUUGCAGGUACUCAGGUACUGCUUUCUAGGGUCAAUCUUUUUGCUUCAAAGGAAAUCUCAAGUUCAGCGAACUCUGGGCUUCAGUCAUACAGGGAAACAGCGGAAGCUGUUAUAUGUGGGCUUCUACCAAAAUCACCGACAGCAACAACUAGUAGAACAGAUGGUGGUCUUAUAUGGGUCAGUGAGUGGAACUCACUUCAACAUCCUGUGGCAUCUGCAUUUUUGGCUGUUAUCUAUAGCGAUUACAUGCUUUCUUCCAGAACUGCACGAAUAUCUUGCAACGGACAUUUGUACAAACCAUCAGACAUUCGAAAAUUUGCCAUCUCACAGGCUGAUUAUGUUUUAGGUAAAAAUCCUUUGGGAAUGAGCUUUCUUGUGGGUUAUGGGGACAAAUACCCACAAUUUGUUCACCAUAGAGGCGCCUCAAUUCCAGCAAACGCAAAAACUGGAUGCGAGGAUGGAUUCAAGUGGCUUAAUUCAACCAAACCUAAUCCAAAUGUUGCGGUUGGAGCACUUCUUGGGGGGCCAUUCCUGAAUGAAACGUACAUUGAUGAUCGGAAUAACUCAAUGCAAGCCGAACCAACAACAUACAACGGUGCCCUUGUUGUUGGUCUCUUAUCGGGUUUAAUCACCACUUCUUCGGUAGUUUCAUCUUUUACAUGAAGCAUAAAUAUCAUUAGGAGUACAAACUAUAUGCAUUAUCUUGUAUUUUGUUGUUGUCUAUAUCUACGGAGGCAUUGUUUUUGUUUCAUUCUAGUUCGAGUACUACAAUAAUAAGGUAUAUUGAGCUUUAAUGGGCGUGGUUUAGUAAUUAGAUCUCUACUUUUGUAAUAUUUACAUGAAUUAGCUUUCAUUAUUAGUAAGAUUGAAGGAUGUAAAGUGAGAUGGUAAUUUUGUAAUGUAAGAGAAGACGAAUGGGAUACAACAUGAAUGUUGUGUUUGUUUGGUUCAUGUCUAAUAUAUUGUAUAUCGAGUAAACAAUUUAGGGUUUUCAUUUUUAUCUAUUUCAAGUCCCUUCCCCUCAUGUU